CUGUCUUUAAAAAAUCUGGUCUCUGGUGGAGGUUUUUCUUCAUAUCUAAUUAUCUGGAUUGUCUUGGGGAGGUUUCCCUAGCAACUAUGAUAUCUUCAGCUACAGCAGACAAUGGUACAAAAUAAGCGCAUGCAGAAGACUUUGUCUUAUGGGAUGGGUUCUCUAUGUCUGCUCUUUUGUGGGUGUUUCUGGCUUUACUGGAUCAUUCACAACAUCUAUAUGUCUUCAAAGGCUAGAAAUACCGUUGAAGGUGUGGUUUAUAUAAAUGGGGAAACUUCAAUUGGACGAAUAGAUGAUGAUUUUGUCUGUGCCACUUUGGAUUGGUGGCCUCCUGAGAAAUGCGACUAUGGAAGAUGUAGCUGGGGCAGAGCUUCUAUACUAAAUCUAGAUCUAAACAACGUUAUAUUACUGAAUGCCAUCAAAGCUUUUUCUCCCUUAAAAAUUAGAUUAGGUGGGACCUUACAAAACAAAGUCAUAUAUGAGACAGAAGGCAAUGGACAACAAUGCAAUUCAUUUGUCAAAAAUGAUUCAGAGUUGUUUGGAUUCUCUCAAGGCUGCUUAUCAAUGUCUCGCUGGGACGAACUCAACCUUUUCUUCAAGAAAACCGGGGCUGUUGUUGUUUUUGGUCUAAAUGAGCUAAGCGGGAAGACUAUAGACAACCGAAGUGCUGCUGUUGGAGCUUGGAAUUCCAGUGAUACUGAGUCUCUUAUACGAUAUAGUGUCAGAAAGGGUUAUACUAUUCAUGGUUGGGAGCUUGGAAAUGAACUGAGUGGGAAUGGAAUUGGAACAAAAGUUUCAGUAGAUCAAUAUGCAUCUGAUAUAGACUCUCUCCAAAACAUAGUGAAGAAUAUUUAUACUGGUUUCGAAGUAAAACCACUAGUCAUUGCACCAGGAGGUUUCUUUGACGCAAACUGGCUCUCAGAAUUCAUCAAGAAAACGCCUAAAUCUCUUCAGGUGGUCACACUCCACAUUUACAGCCUUGGUCCAGGUGUGAGUGAUCACCUUGUUGACAAUAUCCUGGAUCCAUCUAGUCUUGAUAGCGUAUCGCAUACAUUUAGUAGCCUUCAGAGCAUCCUGAAGAGUAGUGGGACUCGAGCAGUUGCAUGGGUUGGCGAAGCAGGCGGUGCUUAUAACAGCGGCCACAAUCAUGUCACUAAUGCAUUUGUUUUCAGUUUCUGGUACUUGGACCAGCUCGGACUGGCGUCGUCUUUUGACACCAAAACAUAUUGUAGACAAUCCUUGAUUGGUGGAAACUAUGGCCUACUCAACACUUCCAGUUUCGCUCCAAACCCUGACUACUACAGUGCACUUCUUUGGCACCGUUUAAUGGGAAACAAAGUUCUAUCCACAAACUUCUCCGGAACCAAAAAAAUUCGUGCUUAUGCUCACUGCUCAAAGAAAAUUCAAGGAAUCACAUUGCUCUUGAUCAACCUAGAUGGUAGCACUACAGUUCAAGUGUACAUUUCGACAGAAAAUGAUACUAGCUUCAGUACUUCAACUUCACAAGAAAGUCAAAAUCCAAGAACAAAAUUUGCCACAAUGUCUCCAGGGUCUAGAAUUGGUAAUGGUACUAGAGAAGAAUACCACUUAACAGCAAAAGAUAGGAAUUUACGCAGCCAAACAGUGCUUUUAAAUGGGCAAAUACUCACAGUAGAUUCUUCUGGGGCUAUUCCAUCCUUGGAUCCAAUAAAUGUAAACCAAUCAGAUCCAGCAACUGUUGCUCCUUUCUCUGUUGUAUUUGUUCAAAUACCUUACAGUAAUCUCUCUGCAUGUAGUUAAGUACAGCGACAAAUAUUGAUAAAUCCCACUUGCAUGUGUAAAAUAAUAUCCCAAACUU